AUGCCUGCCGCACCAUCACCAGUCAAAGCAGAGGGUGUCAGAUAUGGGUUCAUUAACACUUGCCUGAAGUCUCUAGUCAUCGAGAAAUUUGGUGAAGAGACAUGGGAGAAACUCAGGACACUGGCAGAGGUCCAGGAUACCUUCAUGACCUAUGAGAUUUAUGAUGAUGUCAUCACUCUGAGACUGGUGCAGGAGGCAUGUAAGAUGCUGGAUGUCUCCUCCGAGGUGGUUCUCAAGCUUUUCGGGGAGUACUUCUUCAGCUUCUGCAAGAUGUCGGGGUAUGACACCAUGCUGCGUACUCUGGGGGGGAACCUGGUGGAGUUCAUCGAGAACCUGGAUGCCCUCCACAGCUACCUGGCACUCUCUUAUCAGGAAAUGAACGCCCCUUCCUUUCGGGUGGAGCGGACGGAGGAUGGGAAAAUGCUGCUCCACUAUUACUCUGACCGAAGAGGACUGUGCCAUAUCGUGCCAGGCAUCAUCGAAGCAGUGGCCAAGGACUUCUUUGACAGCCAAGUGGACAUGACCAUCCUCAACCAAUCGGAGGAGGACGAGCGCACAGGAAAGAAAGAGCACGUGGUCUUCCUGAUCAUCCAGAAGACCAGAGGGGCGAGGAGAAGACCCCAGCAUGCGAGGCGAAUCGGGGAGGCAGGAAGGGAAGAUGACCGAAAGGAGAGUGAGGAUACCUUGAGGAAGAUGAAGGCUAGGUAUGAUACUCUGCCCUCGUGUCCAGGGAGACGAGCACCAUGGGAGAUUGUCCGAAGCAUUGUCAAGUUUGGCCAAGGUAAUCUCAUGAACUCAUUCACCCCAAGCUACCCGGAGAAGCUGUGGAUUGAGGAGCGGGCAUUCUGCAAUGUUUUCCCUUUUCACAUUGUCUUUGAUAAAGAUCUCAAGGUCAAGCAGACGGGUGUGAACAUCCAGAAGUUUGUCCCUGGACUGCAGACCAUGGACAUAAGGCUGGACGAGUAUUUCAGCAUUGUCCACCCCCAGGUCACCUUCAACAUCGAGAGCAUUCGCAAGUUCAUCAACAGCCAGUUUGUGCUGAAGACACGCCGAGAGAUGGUCCCAGAGUCUACCCAACACCAGUCCAUGCUCAAACUCCGAGGUCAGAUGGUGUGGAUGGAGUCUCUGAGUUGCAUGGUGUACCUGUGCUCACCCAAGCUGCGCAGCCUGCAGGAGCUGGAGGAGCGUGGCCUGCACAUCGCUGACAUUGCCCAGCAUGACACCACACGUGACCUCAUCCUGCUAAAUCAGCAGAGGCUGGCCGAGAUCGAGCUGUCCAACCAGCUGGAGCGCAAGAAGGAGGAGCUGCGCAUCCUCUCACGCCACCUGGAGGUGGAGAAGAAGAAGACAGAGACGCUGUUGUACGCUAUGCUGCCCCGCCAUGUAGCCAACCAGCUCAAGGAGGGAAAGAAGGUGGAAGCAGGGGAGUUCAAGGUGUGCACCAUCCUCUUCAGCGAUGUGGUGACCUUCACAAAUAUCUGCGCAGCCUGCGAGCCCAUACAGAUCGUGAACAUGCUCAACUCCAUGUACUCCAAGUUCGACCGGCUGACCAACGUCCACGACGUGUAUAAGGUGGAGACAAUUGGAGAUGCUUACAUGGUAGUGGGCGGGGUACCCAUUCCAGUCAACACCCACGCCGAGCGGGUGGCUAACUUCGCCCUGGGCAUGCGAAUUGCCGCCCGAGAGGUGACCAAUCCAAUUACAGGGCAACCAAUCCAGAUCCGGGUGGGCCUCCAUACUGGUCCAGUCCUGGCAGGGGUGGUAGGGGAGAAGAUGCCUCGGUACUGUUUGUUUGGAGACACGGUCAACACUGCAUCCCGCAUGGAGAGCCAUGGGGUCCCUGACCACAUACACCUCAGCCCCACCACAUACAGAGCGCUGCAGGGUAAAGGAUUUGACAUCACUGAGAGAGGGGAGAUCCAGGUCAAGGGGAAGGGCCUGAUGACUACAUACUUCCUGCUGCAGAACCUCUGGGUCCCUGAGGACGGCAUCAUGGGAAGAGAUGGACAGCCAUGCAUGUACAGUGGUGAUCAGCAGGAGGCAGCAGAGAGCAACGAGGAUCCUGAGGAGCCAGGCAGCGAGGGAACAGAGGGAGCCCCCGGGAUAGAGGAGACUCCAGUCUCAGCACUCUUAGAGAGUGAACUCACAGCCGAGGCCAUGAGCUCCAGGUUCUGCAAACUGCUCUAG